CCCAUAGCGCUGCGACCAAGAGUCCGAGUCUGAGGAUCUCUUGUCGCAUGUGCCUACCGAAUGACGAAUCCAAAGGUUCUUCCAAGUUCAAAAAAGGGAGGAGAAGGAAGAGACUCAAGUGACAACUGACGGCGAAGUGAAUCGAUUUGUACUCGCUCGACGCGACCAGGAGCGUGCACCUGAUCGGAGAAUUCGGACUCUCAUGAGCGACAUAAUGGAUCAGGAGGGCGCUCUGGCGACAGCGAGCAUUGCGUUAGGCCCAGACGACCAGCAUUUCAUUUCCGUGGGAGAGCAGCAAGGGCUCGUGUUAUCGGCUGCCUUGGUGCAACUGAAAGGAGAGUGUAUGAAGUUUCUUGGAGAGUAUUUGCUACGGCGAAAUACUCCGUUGGAGGAGCCAGAUGAAGUUUUGGAGGAAUCACUGAGUGAAGAGGAGGAGGAGGAGGAGGAGGAAGAAAAAUCAGAUGCUAGGUUAGUUCUUCCGAAGAAGAGAAAGUAGAACGUUGUCCGUUAUUUCAAGUUUCAUACUCUGGUUCCCCGUUUGAAGUGCGUGGUUCAUCUUACUGCUGGAUGAUUUGGUUUGAAGGAUUUGAAGAAGCUGCAGACCUUUUGAUUGCGAAUCUCGCUCCCGUUCUGACACUAAUUUGCGAACGAAGGAGGCUUGAGAUUGAAUGAUGCGUCUAAGGUUAGGUCUUCCCGAACCACGCACGCGGAGGAGCCGGGUUUGAGAAAAGAAAUUAUGUGGCAGUCGUCAUAGGUAUGACAUAGAGAGACCCUUGAAUGGACACCUUUUUCGGCAGUUUUGAGCUGUCUGACAUCGUCCCGAGGUCUGAUGAGAGAUUAUAGUUUUGUACUCUGCAAAUGGAGAGGCUUUUAUCUCCGCUUCCUCUCAGCUACUGACAUCGUUAAGACUUUGCCAGAAGCUCUUAGGGACCAGGAACAGUUUCUAAGAAAAUCAAUCUGAUGCUGUUACCUAUUUUGGACUGUGCUUCAAUUCCAGCACAGUUUCUUUUUGUAUGUCGCUGUCGAGGAUCAGCUAUUCCCAGUGUUUGUGUCUGUGUAUGCCUUCUUGGGUUAGCAAUUUCACUGCAGCGUUGU